UGUGGCACAACAGAGCUGUUCUGUGGAAAAAAAUGUCAAAGCAAUUGCGUCCUGCAUCCCAAACCUCCAGCAGCAUCAUCUUCGUCUAGCAUUCACCAAAAGAAGGUCAUCGGGUAUUACGAAUCAUGGAGUGCGAGAAAGGCCUGCCACAAGGUCAAUCCGAUCGACCUUCCUCUAGACGCGCUCACCCAUGUCAAUUUUGCUUUCGCUUUCAUCGACCCAAAGACGUACGACAUUGUUACGAUGGAUGGAGAGACACCAGCAAGUCUUUUCCAAGAAACCACAAACCUCAAGUUGAUCAAGAACGACCUCUCAGUCUGGAUAAGCGUUGGCGGCUGGACAUUCUCCGAUAACAAUACCGCUACCCAACCACUUUUCGGCGAGAUUGCUGCGUCGGAUUCGAAAAGACAGCAGUUCGCCAAGAAUGCCGUUCAUUUCAUGCAACAAUAUGGAUUCGAUGGACUGGAUAUCGAUUGGGAGUACCCGACGGCUCCGGACCGAGGAGGAAAGCCAGAUGACACCAAAAACUUUGUAUUACUGAUGGAGGCUUUGCGGAAAGAGUUUGAUGCCAGCGGGAACAAAUUUGGGUUGACGUUUACUGCGCCCAGCUCGUACUGGUACUUGCGUCAUUUUGAUCUCCCGGGUCUAGUGAAGCAUGUCGAUUGGAUCAACCUGAUGAGUUACGAUCUCCACGGAGCCUGGGACUCCGACAAUCCGAUCGGAAGCAUUGUCCAAGGACACACCAAUCUCACGGAGAUUCAGCUGGCUGCGGAGCUUUUCUGGCGUGUGGAUAUUCCGCCUGAGAAGGUGCUCAUCGGAUUCGGGUUCUACGGUCGAUCUUUCACUCUCGCGGAUCCUUCUUGUAUCGAACCCGGCUGCCCAUUCAGUGGCGCCUCUCGAAAAGGUCCUUGCACGAAGACCGGUGGCAUUUUGGGCUACUAUGAAAUCCAAAACAUCAUAAAAGGAGCGGACAGCAAGAAGCGGGCGACAGUAUCGCCGGUUCACGACGAGGCCAGUGCGGUGAAUUAUCUCGUUUUUGACAAUGACCAAUGGAUCUCCUACGACGAUGCGGUAACUUUCAAGCAGAAGACGGAAUGGGCAGACAGCAUCGGACUUGGUGGCUCGUUGAUUUGGGCAUCGGACCUGGACGACGACAAAUACUCCGCGCACACUGGUCUUCUGGGCAGGCCAAUCAAGUCCAACCAGGAACUCAAGCUUACAAACAAAGCCCUUUCAAACCCGCAAGCCGUGGUACAGGACCUGUCUGGCAGCAAUGGCCAGCAAUGCUACAAAUAUAGCGGCCCGUGCAUAAAACUGGACGACCAUGAGGCAAUGGCGAAUGCCUGUAGCGGCAACACAGUCGUUGGUUGGGACGACGCAGGCUGUGGGAAAAAGAAAUGCCAUUGCGGAAAGCCAAUCUGCUGCCCUGCAAAUACUGCACCAAAGGGUUGCGUAUGGCGAGGUGACAAUAACGGCAAAGGCGCCAAAUCAGAUUGCUCUGGCCAAUGCCGCCCAGGCGAGAUCAACAUCCAAGGCAUCUCGUCCUCGCGGGGCGGUGGAUUUGAGAACGAUGGCAACACUAACAAAUGUGGCCGUGGCAAGAAGGUCUUCUGCUGUCCCAGCCCCGACUAUGACAGCUUUGCCGGGAAGUGCGGCUACACAGAUUGCGGAAAAGACUGCCCGCUCACGGAAACGGCCAUUUUUGAGAAGACUGAUGGUUGCUUUCCCGGCGUAGGCAAAAAGAAGUUCUGCUGCCCAACGUCAGUUGAGCUCCGUGAUUGUCGAUGGGAGCGUGGUGGAGCGGAAUGCGCCAAUGCCGUCUGCAGUCCUACGGAGAUCGAGGUCGAUAGGGACAGUCAAUUUGGCAGCUCCUUUCUUCACGGAUGUGCUUUCGGACGGAAGCAGGCCGCGUGCUGCACGAUCAAAAAGAGACCUCCACCCGCAGCGAUUUGUGCUGCCGACCGCUGCAAACUUGUUCCCGAACUGUGCUUGGCCAGCCAAGAUCCUGGUGGAGCUCUCAGUGCUCGCGCCCUGCAAGCGGAUUUAACGCCAGGGACCUGGAACACAAGUGUUUACGACUUGUCCAAACGCUGGGACAAUAAAGCAGAUUACCAAGCGCAUUAUUUUGGAGCCCUUUUCAUCAUGGUGGUGGCACAAGCCUACCCUCCAAGUGGUGAACUCUAUGGACUCGGAGAGGUUUUCCGCUACGUAUGGCGUUCAGUCGUAGGUAUCUGCACCGGACAGGCAGUCAAUCAGCAAGUGGUGGCAGAUGGGAACCGCCCGCCAGGAACCGAGAAUGCACAGUCGGAGCACAUUAUCGACAGACAAAUCAUGCGCAGAUUUGUUGAGCAAGCUGCGCAAGGAACGACCCACGACCAGCCAGAAAGCCGACUGCCCGCAAUUGGGAGAGCUUGGUGCGACUACCACUGGCAUGAGCCGAACGCCGGAUUGGCUGCUCAGCCUCCCGUCGGGGGACCACACGGGCUUCAGCCGGCUACUCCGAAUGAUCGUGUCAUGGAAUGCUUUGGGACAUAUGACAAUCCACGGCCUCUGCUUGGGACGGAUGCGGACAUCAAUGGCGCGAAGGGAUUGCUCAUGGAUCUUCGACGUCCUGUAGCCAUCGAUCGAAUUACUCGCGCCGCAAGGGUUGCAGUCCGAGAUGAUACCGCUCAGGCGACGACUGAACUGCUGACUCUGGUCCAAACGGGUUUCGCCGUAUUCGACUAUUUGAAUACUCCCGAGGCCACUAUCAUGUGGAACACCGUUCGAAGCAACGUCCGACUGCAACUUCGAUACAUUGAGGAUGCCUUCGGUGUACCGAACCAGCUGUUGCAAAGAUGGUGGCAGCUCUUCACCGAAGAGUACUUCGCUCUGAUUCAACGCAGAGCUCGAGAAUGGGCCGACGAGGCGAUCGACAUUGCUGGGGCACCUUUUAUGGAUGCUUACAAUGCGGGUCGCACGUUGCAGCAACACGGACCCGUGAUGGCCGCGUUGUCGGUUUGGCGGGCACAAUUGGAGCAGAGAAUAAGUAUGCCUGUCAAUACCGGGUGGCGCUUGCCUGAACUCGGCGAUGGCUCCGGCGGUGGUCCUGGUCCGAUGGGUUUUCCUGGCAGCUCUGGUGGUUUUGGAAGCUCAGGUGGCUCUGGCAGUUCGAGUGGUUCGGGUAGUACGAGCGGUUCCGGAAGUUGA